AUGGUGCCCUUCCCCGAGGAGCCCGCCGCCGCGCGGGGGACGAGCGAGGCGCAGCCGCCGGGCCCCGCGCCCACCGGGGCAGCUCCGCUGCCGGGCCCGGGACCCUCGGACGGCCCCGAGGCGGUCGUCGAGAAGGUGGAGGUAGAGCUGGCGGGACCGGCGGGCGCUGAGCCCCCUCAGCCUCCCGAGGGCGGCUGGGGCUGGCUGGUGAUGCUGGCGGCCAUGUGGUGCAACGGGUCGGUGUUCGGCAUCCAGAACGCCUGCGGGGUGCUCUUCGUGUCCAUGCUGAAGACCUUUGGGUCCACGGACGAUGACAAGAUGGUCUUCAAGACAGCGUGGGUAAGUUCUCUGUCCAUGGGGAUGAUUUUCUUUUGCUGCCCAAUAGCCAGCGUCUUCACAGACAUGUUUGGUUGUCAGAAGACAGCUGUCGUGGGUGCUGCUGUUGGAUUCAUUGGACUCCUGUCCAGUUCUUUUGUAAGCUCCAUCGAGCCUCUGUACCUUACCUAUGGAAUCAUAUUUGCUUGUGGCUGCUCCUUUGCAUACCAGCCUUCGCUGGUCAUUUUGGGACACUAUUUCAAGAAGCGCCUUGGACUGGUGAAUGGCAUUGUCACCGCGGGCAGCAGCAUCUUCACAAUUUUGCUGCCUUUCCUUUUAAGGGUUCUGACCGACACCGUGGGCCUCUUUCACACACUGAGGGUCCUCUGCAUCUUCAUGUUUGUUCUCUUUCUGGCUAGCUUUACGUACCGACCUCUUGCUCCAAGUGCCAAAGAUAAAGAGGGUGGAACCAAAGGAGGCAACAACAGAUUCUCCCUCUUUUCCAGGAGGAAGUUUAGUCCUCCAAAAAAAUUUUUCAAUUUUGCCCUCUUCAAGGUGACAGCUUAUGCGGUUUGGGCAGUUGGAAUACCGCUUGCACUUUUCGGAUACUUUGUGCCUUAUGUUCACUUGAUGAAAUAUGUGAAUGAAAGAUUUCAAGAUGGAAAAAAUAAAGAGGUGGUUCUCAUGUGCAUUGGCAUCACUUCAGGAGUCGGACGGCUGCUCUUUGGCCGGAUCGCAGAUUAUAUGCCUGGUGUGAAGAAGGUUUAUCUUCAGGUACUCUCCUUUUUCUUCAUUGGUCUGAUGUCCAUGAUGAUUCCCCUGUGUGAUGUCUUUGGGGCCCUCAUUGCUGUCUGUCUCAUCAUGGGUCUCUUCGAUGGAUGCUUCAUUUCCAUUAUGGCUCCCAUUGCCUUUGAGUUAGUUGGUGCCCAGGAUGUUUCUCAAGCAAUUGGAUUUCUACUUGGAUUCAUGUCUAUACCCAUGACUGUGGGCCCACCUAUUGCAGGGUUACUUCGUGACAAGCUGGGCUCCUACGAUGUGGCAUUCUACCUCGCUGGAAUCCCUCCCCUUAUUGGAGGUGCUGUCCUUUGUUUUAUCCCAUGGAUCCACAGUAAGAAGCAAAGAGAGAUUGGUAAAACCACUGGAGGAGAAAAGAUGGAGAAAAUGUUGGAGAACCAGAACUCUCUGCUGUCAAGCUCACCUGGAAUCUUUAAGAAAGAAUCUGACUCUGUUAUUUAAUGUCUUAUAUACCUCCACCAGACUGGACUUGCUUUUGGAAGUUUAAGCAAGUUUCCCUUUUAUAUGAAUUGCAAAUUUCCUAUUUUUUUAAUUACAUCUUAAGAAUAGCACAAUAAUUGGGAAAUAGAACCCUUAUUACUACAAGAACCAUUUCUGCCACAGAAUAGCUAGCUGUUUGAUAUUUCCAUGAGUUCGGGGGCAGAGACUAUGGUAUAUGAAAACAUGUCUGAAAGUCAAAUAUUAAGAGAAUUGAAGCUAUUCCAAAGCAACUUUGGAAACUGUGAAUGCUAAUAAGCUUAUACAAAUAUUUAAAAAUACCUCGGGGCGCCUGGGUGGCUCAGUUGG